ACAGAGAAGAAGAAGAAGAAGAACUUUGUUUCCGGUUUGGCUGCAGCGCGAUACCAGCGCGGGAGAUUCCGGCAUGGCGGUGCAGCCGAAACAGAACCUGUCUCUGGACAGUGCAGCUGAGCAUGGCUUUCUCAGCUUCAUUUCCUCCAUGCCGAAGAAACCGGACACGACUUUCAGAAUAUUCGACCGCAACGAUUACUACACUGUUCACGGAAAGGACGCCAUAUUCGCGGCGAAGGAAGUUUUCAAGACGAAUGGGGUCAUCAAAUAUUUGGGCUCAGGGAGUCGCAAGCUGGAGAGCGUGGUGCUGAGCAAGCUGAACUUCGAGGCCUUUGUUAAAGACUUGCUGCUGGUGAAGCAGUACAGAGUAGAGGUGUACAAGAACCACAGCAAGAGCAGCAAGGAGCACGACUGGAAGAUCGACUACAAGGCCUCUCCAGGAAACUUGACUCAGUUUGAGGAGAUCUUGUUCGGUGGUGGAACCGGAGCAGUGGGUUGUGCAGGAGUUGUAGCCGUGCGGUUUGCCACCGGAGCUGACGGACAGCGCGUGGUCGGGGUCGGCUAUGUGGACGCAGCCCAGAGGACGAUGGGAGUGUGCGAGUUCCCAGACAACGAGAUCUUCUCCAACCUGGAGUCCCUUCUGGUCCAAAUCAGUCCCAAAGAGUGUCUCUUGGCCCAGGGCGAAGGCAACACCGACGGCAGUAAACUACGGGAGGUGGUGCAGCGCGGCGGCAUGCUUAUCUCGGACAGGAAGAGGGCGGAGUUCAGUAGCAAGGACAUGGUCCAGGAUCUCAACAGGCUGCUGAGGGCCAAGAGAGGAGAGACCGUGGCGAGCAACACGCUGCCUGAGCUGGACAAGCAGGUGGCCAUGUCGUGCUUGGCCGCAGUGGUGCGUUUCCUUGAACUGCUCUCUGACGAGUCCAACUUCAACUCCUUCAGUCUCACCCCACUGGACCUGGGUCAGUACAUGAGGCUGGACAACGCUGCCGUGAGGGCUCUGAACCUCUUCCAGGGAUCACCUGAUGACACCAGCGGAGCUCAUUCACUGGCCGGUCUGUUGAACAAAUGCCGUACGCCGCAGGGCCAGCGUCUCGUCAACCAGUGGAUCAAACAACCGCUCAUGGACAAAACCAAAAUAGAAGAAAGGCUGGACCUGGUGGAGAGCUUCGUUUGUGACUCUGAGCUCAGGCAGACCUGUCAGGAGGACUUGCUGCGGCGGUUUCCUGAUCUUCACCGUCUGGCCAAGAAGUUCCACCGUCACUCUGCGACGCUGCAGGACUGCUUCCGCGUCUACCAGGCUGUGAGCCACCUCCCCGCCCUCGUCUCUGCCCUGGAGAGAUACUCAGGUAGCUACCAGGUUCUGUUGGAGGCGGUGUUCCUCUCUCCUCUCAGAGACCUGCAAACGGAUUUUGUUAAGUACCAGGAGAUGAUUGAAACCACGCUGGACAUGAACCAGAUUGACCACCAUGAGUUCCUGGUGAAGGCAUCGUUCGACCCAGCGCUGAGUGAGCUGAGAGAAAAGAUGGACGCUCUGGAGAAGAGCAUGCAGGCGGUGCUGAACAGUGCAGCCAGAGAACUGGGUCUGGACGCUGGUAAGACGGUGAAGCUGGAGUCAAACGCCAUGCUGGGUUUUUUCCUGAGAGUCACCUGCAAGGAGGAGAAGAGUCUGAGGAACAACAAAAAAUUCACCACGCUGGAUGUUCAGAAGAACGGAGUGCGCUUCACAAACAGUAAGCUGAGCGCUCUGAAUGAGGAGUACGCCAAGAACAGAGAGGAGUAUGAGGAGGCCCAGAAUGCCAUUGUGAAAGAGAUCAUCAACAUCGCCUCAGGUUACGUGGAUCCUCUCCAGACGCUGAGUGACGUGACGGCUCAGAUGGACGCAGUGGCGAGUUUUGCCGUGGCGUCCGUCUCUGCUCCGGUGCCGUACGUUCGGCCCCGGCUGUUGGCAGAAGGCUGCAGGCGUAUGGAGCUGAAGCAGGCCAGACAUCCCUGCAUGGAGACGGACGCAGACACCGCCUUCAUACCCAACGACAUGUCCUUCGCCCAGGGAGAGAAGGACUUCUAUAUUAUAACGGGACCAAAUAUGGGUGGCAAGUCGACGUUUAUCCGUCAGGUCGGUGUGAUUGCUCUGAUGGCUCAGAUUGGCUGCUUUGUGCCGUGCGAGAAGGCGGAGCUUAGCGUGAUUGACAGCAUCCUGGCCAGGGUGGGAGCGGGAGACAGCCAGGUCAAAGGAGUGUCCACCUUCAUGUCCGAGAUGCUGGAGACAGCUGCCAUCCUGCGCUCGGCCACGGAGAACUCGCUCAUCAUAAUCGACGAGCUCGGCAGAGGCACGUCCACGUACGACGGCUUCGGCCUGGCGUGGGCCAUCAGCGAACACAUCGCCUCCGAAAUCAGCUGCUUCUGUCUGUUUGCCACUCACUUCCACGAGCUGACGGCGCUGUCGGCGCAGCAGCCGACCGUCCACAACCUGCACGUCACAGCCCUGACCUCCCACAACACACUCACCAUGCUGUACCGAGUCAAAUCAGGUGUGUGCGAUCAGAGUUUUGGAAUCCACGUUGCCGAGUUGGCGUGCUUCCCGGCGUCGGUGGUGGCCAUGGCGAAGGAGAAGGCAGAGGAGCUGGAGGAGUUCCAGGAACCUGCGGGGGAGAAGUCUGAGCAGGAGGAGCCUGAGGCCAAGAGACGACGGACAGACAAACAAGUGGGGGAGAACCUGAUCCAGGACUUCCUGGAGAAGGCAAAGUCCCUCCCUGCUGACACCAUGAGUGAAGAAGAGGUGAAGGCGGCCCUCAAGAAAAUGAAGCAGCAGCUCGUCGCCCAAAACAACACAUAUAUCACAGAGAUCCUUUCACGCUGCGUUCCUGCAAAAACAGCUUGAUUUUAGACUCGCGUUCACGUGUUCAUCAUGGCGAACCACAGUUUAUGUUGUAGUUUUUCAAUAAAGAAUUAAUUCUGGAUGCGUCUUAGUGUUUUUUGACACCAGAUUUCUUCGUAAACACUGCGGGUGAUGGGAUACAUGCUGUUAGCGUUAUGUAAACCUGAACUACACCAAUACCUCCUGUGGUCCUUCAGCAGCAUUUCUGUUUAGUACGACCGGACACUUGUGGGUAAUUCUGCAGGGUGUGAAUUUAAAAACAAGACACCUGUGAUCUAAUAAAGUUUUAUUUUCUUAGAAAUGGCCAGUUUCC